CAUCGAGCAGGAAAAUAAGCCCUUUCUCUUGGCAACUGAAAUGCAAGCGAAAAAGAGCUUCAUGGCAUCUGUUUCAGGCAUCAUCAGAAACCAAAUUCUCCAUUUUACCCCUCCAAAACAUUCAAUUCCCUUCUCAUCCUCCAUCACCCCAUCCAUUCUUCCCGAUGACAAAACUGUAAUAACCACCGCAGUCACAAUUCUAAAGCACCACCGCUCAAAAUCCCGGUGGACCCACCUCCGGUCACUCUUCCCAAACGGCUUCACACCCACCCAAGUUUCCGAAAUUACCCUCCAGCUUCGCAAUAAUCCCCAUCUCGCCCUUAACUACUUCAACUUCACUGUCCAACACUCACUUUGUUGUCACUCUUUGAGCUCUUACUCCACAAUUAUUCACGUUCUUGCACGGGCCAGGCAGAAAUCUAAAGCCCAGAGCUUGAUCCAGACUGUUUUGCAUAAAUUCCCUCAAGCCCAUUUGGGUGAUUGCCCAAAAUAUCCCAAGAUUUUUGAGUCUUUGAUGAGGAGUUAUAGGGUUUGUGAUUCUGCCCCUUUUGUGUUUGAUUUGCUUGUAAUGUCGCUUUUGCAGGCAAAAAGGAUUGAUCAGGCUGUGGAGGUUGUUAGGAUGUUGCGGUCUCGAGGUAUUUUUUUAAAGAUUAGUACUUGUAAUGAUUUGAUUAAGAAUGUUUGCAAGUGUCAUGAUUGUUUUGUUGGUUAUGAUAUGUAUAAAGAGAUUUUUGGGGGUGUUGAGAGGGAUGUUAGUGGGAAUGGUGUUAGGGUGGUUGUGCCGAAUGUACAUACUUUUAAUGUGAUUAUGGUUGGUUUUUAUCGAGAAGGGUUGGUUCAGAAUGUGGAAGAGGUUUGGGAUGAGAUGCUGAGGAGGGGUUGUGGGCCGAAUUCUUAUAGUUAUAGUGUUUUGAUGGCAGCGUAUUGUGAGGAUGAAAGAAUGGUGGAUGCUUUGAGGGUGUGGGAAGAAAUGGGAGGGAAGGGUUUGGAACGUGAUUUGGUUGCUUAUAAUACGAUAAUUGGAGGAUUUUGUAAGAUUGGAGAGGUUAAGAGGGCUGAGGAGUUUUUUGGAGAGAUGGAGUUUAACAGGGUGGAUAGUAGUUGUGUUACUUUUGAGCAUCUUAUAAGUGGAUAUUGUAAGAUUGGGGAUGUUGAUUCGGCCUUGCUUUUAUACAAGGUGAUGUGUGGAAAAGGUUUUUGGCCAGAGAGUUUGACGAUUGACGAAGUGAUCAAGGGACUAUGUGGGAAAAAUAGAAUUUCUGAAGCAUCAGAAUAUUUGAGGGUUGCUAUAAAGAAACAUGAUAUUGUCCCAAAGGGCACAAGUUACGAGCUUGUGAUCAAGGGUUUGUGUCAGGAGGGAAGGAUGGGAGAAGGAUUGAAACUUCAGGCUGAGAUGGUUGGGAAAGGGUAUAAGCCUAAUUCUGAGGUUUAUAAUGCUUUUAUAGACGGAUACAUAAAGCAAGGGAACGAGGAGCAAGCUAAGAAACUAAGGAAGGAGAUGGUUCAGAUUCAAGAACAGCAGGAAGCAAUUAGAUAGUGAUAUCUUGUGUCAUGCUUUUAAGAUUUCUGAAAGUGGAUACAAUGGUUUGCCUGCUGCAGAAAUGAAGAAUUCACAGGUACUUGUCAAAGGAAAGGGUUAAAGAGAUAAAGAUGGGAAAGAGAUAUUGCUGGAGUGUAAGAAGAAGAUGAUUGAAGUAUCUGAAUGAUGUGGAGUAGGGGAAGGAAACAAUAACACUUGUGAAGUGGAAGGAUUGCGGCUAGAAAUGAUGUUACACUAAAACAUCAUGCACAUGUUCAAAUCAUUUGUUCUGUUCACAUUCUUCACCCUUCUAACUAACCGAUCAGAACUCUAAAAUGUGGUGCUUUUAUGGGAACCCUGAGGUUAUUCAUCAAUAUGAAGCUGUUUUUAAUUGGCCAGAACUCAGAACUCAGAAUGCUAAAAAUUUAAAAUGGAAGGCUUGUGCUUUUACCAGAGAAACAAUUUUAAAGCCAGAUAUGGCUCACUUGAAUGUAUUGACUCUGUGUCUUCCCAAGCGAGUCCGUAAUGUUCAAUUUCAAAUUCAUGUGGGUAUAUUGUAUCACGUGGAUUGGUGUGAUGGAAAUUUCUGAAUCCACUAUUGGGAUAAUUCUUUUAUCUUGAUGCAAAUUAUAUUUGGUCUA